AUGACGUCACCGCAGAAAGAAGAAAAAGCCUCGAGCAGCUCUUUGACAUUAGUGCUAAUGGUUGCUUCUGCAGCCAUUGGAGGAACUCUGCAGUAUGGAUACAACCUGGCCAUCAUGAAUGCACCCACUACCGGACACAAUAUUUUCUGUAUAUGUGUAUUGACCAUGCUUACUGGUAACAUUAUGGUUCGCGGUGCAUCUCAAUCAUUAGUUUCCAUGUCCAUUCGCUUCGGGAGGAAAAAAUGCCUGCUGCUCAGCAACAUUUUCCUCCUUAGCGGUGCUCUCUUGGCUUUGACAAGCCGAGCCGCCGGGUCUGUUGAGAUGAUCAUCUUGUCACGUGUCCUUAUUGGAAUAAAUGCAGGAAUCAGCAUGAACGUCCAACCGAUGUAUUUUGGAGAAAGCGCACCAAAGCAUCUCGGGGGGGCUGUGUCCUUGACCUCUGCUGUUUUUACAGCCUUUGGAGUCGUGUUAGGACAAGUGGUGGGACUCAGAGAGAUUUUGGUCAGUGAGUCGUGUUGGCAGUAUCUUCUUGCCAGUAAUCCCAUUCCUGGCUUGAUUCAACUCUUUACCCUGCCCUGAUUCCCAGAAAGCCCCAGAUACUUACUCAUCGACAGGGGGGACAAGGAGGCCUGCAUCGAUGCUCUACGGCGGCUGCGUGGCUGCGAGGUCCAGAGCAGCGAGCUGGCUGAGAUCCUGCAGGAACAAGCUGAAACCAACGGCAUGAGGCCCAGCCGGCCUUGGGAGCUUUUUCGCGACUGCUCCGUGCGAUGGCAGCUCGUCUCCGUCAUGGUCAUCAGCAGCGCCAUGCAGCUUUGUGGCAACGACUCGAUCUACUUCUAUGCAUCUUAUGUUUUUAAAGACGCUGGAAUAUCGAAUGACCAAAUCCAGUAUGUGACAAUCGGCACGGGCACGUGUGAAUUCACAGCCUGCAUCAUGUGUAACCUGCUGAUCGAGCGCAAAGGUCGGAGGUAAAUGCUGAUGGGAGGCUUCAUCUUCAUGACCGUCUGGGCCGUUGUCUUCACCAUUGCUUUGUCUUUUGAACACAUAAUAUCAUGGAUGCCUUACUUAAUCAUGGCCUGUGUCUUCAACUACAUCCUCAGCUUCGGCAUGGGACCAGCUGGUGUGACUGGAGUCCUGCCCACCGAACUCUUCAAUCAAACUGCUCGGCCGGCGGCCUACAUGAUCGCCGGGUCCAUGAUGUGGCUCAACCUCUUCAUUGUAGGAAUGAUUUUUCCAUUUCUAGUGAGCGAGAUGCGCCAGUAUUGCUUCGUGCCUUUUGGGACAGUGUGUCUGCUCUCUGCGCUGUACGUGGGGCUGGUGCUGCCGGAGACCAAGGGCAAGUCGUUAUCAGCCAUCAUCGGCGAAUUCCACAAGCUUAACUUCAAACACAAGGAGCGAGCGUACAGCAGCCAGAGUCAGUAUCAACUGGGCGAAGUGUGUGCAUCCACUGCCUUGUAG